UCAGUACUUAAACUCGGGUCAGCGGCGUCGCACCGGCGAGCUAGCUUCGCACCGGAUCCGAUCUCGGGUGUUGUGUUGUGCAAAUGAUAUUUAGCAGCACGCCAUCGCAAAGCUCACGAAAUACCUGUGGAACGCGGCAAGAAGAUACAGAAUGAAUACGCUUUUACGUAGCCUGCUUCCUCUGCUGAUCCUGCUGCUGCUGGGAUCCAAGCCUGUGGAGUCCAAAAAAUAUCAACGCUGCGAACUCACCCGCGUGCUGGUGGAAAAUUACAAUUUCGACAAGACUUUCAUCUCAAACUGGAUCUGUCUGGUGGAGCAUGAGAGUUACCUGGAUACCAACAAGAUCACGAAAAAGGAUAACGCCAGCAAAAACUACGGUUUGUUCCAGAUCAACAGCAAGGAUUACUGUGCCGAGGGACGAAAAGGAGGACAGUGCAAUAAGAAAUGUGAAGACUUCUCCAACGACGACAUUGGCGAUGACAUUGCCUGCGCCAAAAUGAUCCAGGAACGCGAGGGCUUCAAGUACUGGAAGGGCUGGGAUCGCUUCUGUCGCAAUCCGCAGAAUCUACCCAAUCUUCGAGUUGUGUGCAACCUUCGCAGCCUGUCGCCGCUGCGUUCUCCCCGCUUCACCAUAGGGGGCUAAGCUGUGUUACCUUCCUCCUAUUCCUUUGUACAUAACAUAUGUGUAUGCUGUACUUACUCAUAGAAGGCGAGAGAUAUAUGUGAAUGCUUUGCAUAA